AUGCAGGGCUUACAGGUGCAGAGCCAGCCAGGGGCCACGUCGAUCCGCCGAGACCCGAUGCUCGGCGGGAACGAGAUGGCCGGCUUGCACGCGUUCUUGCGCAGCCGCUGCGGGAGUCUCAAGGCUGCCUUCAACGAACUUGACAGCCACGACGUCGGGCAGCUUACAAGCGACGAUUUCGUGAAGGGCCUGGAGCGACUGGGCUACACGGAGGACGCGGGAGCAAUGUUCCGCUCCAUCGACGUGUCCAAGACCGGCCUCGUGACUUUGAAGAGCUUCAUGAAUUGCCUGGGCGAUCGGGUCGUUGAAGCCAUCGAGGCAGAGAGGCAGAGCUCCAAAACUUUGAGCCGGAGCUCUAGCGAAGACGUCUGGAAAAGUGCGCGGAUACCGACACCGAAGAACAGCCCACCCAGCCUCUUGACGAGCAACGCCGUGGGUAAUGCCCUAAAGAGUGGAUCGGCCUUGCGCAGUUCCACGCCCGAUAUGGUGCCAGGCGCUGUAGCACCUCCUUCACCACACAUGCCGGUGGCAGGCGCUGACUUGCUGUAUGCGAGGAUCGCGCGCGUGGAGGAGCAGGUCGCAGCAGAGCAGCGCUUGAGAUGUGAGACGGAGCAGCGGCUGACGCAGCAUCUGAACUCCUUGGUAGGCGUCAGCAUCUCUGAGCAGCUCGACGUGCUGAGACAACAGCUGAUCGAGGAGCGAUGUCAGCGGCAGGUGGACGUAACGUCCCUGCGUGCGGCGCUGGAAGCAGUAAGGACAUCGGGAGUACGGCCGGGAGAUCUCCAGGAGUGUGUCAAAUCUGAGCUGGACAGAUCUAUCGGAGACAUUCGGUCGUCACUUGAGCAGACUUGCCCCGUUAGCCCCGCAUCCUCCGAGUCCGAGUUGAAGAAAAGGCUCGAGGAUUCGCGCCAUGCGACGGAGCAGCGCUUUGAAGCCUUGGAAUCGGCCAUGAAGGAGGCAACCGCUGCUGCGGCCAAAGCAGAGCCUGCAGAGCAGUUGCUGAACCUCCUGCAGCAGACUCGCUACCUGGAGGAGAGGGUGGAUUCGAUGAGUUCGAAUGUGGAUCUGCUGACAUCAACUGUGGAGACCCAGGCGAGGCAAGCCAUGGAGCUCAGGGAGGAUUUGUUGGCCUCGCUGACCAGCGGGGAGGACAAAGGAAGCAACGGCACCGACGGCACCACAUUCGAAAAGAUCCAGGACUUCGUGCGCGAGAAGAUGGAUCGGCUGCGCGUGGAGUGGAAUGGAGCCAUGGAGGAGACACAUUGA